AUUCGUUUUUCAUGUCUGUCAUUUUAGUUCAUUAACACAAGUUUAUCUGAGGAGAUUUCGUUAAUUUUUUUUUAUACUUUGCAAAUUGUAUUUUCUUGUUUUUAUUUUUUCUACUCUUCAUGCUCUUCUUCGUCUGAGCGUUAUAUGAUACAACAAACAUUUUAAAUUUAAUCAGUUUUAUCAUCAGACAGAAAGAUGAGUGAGUCAUGUGUGGAGACUCCGGAGGCGCCGGCUUGGUUAUCAAAGCUAGAAAGUCAACGGGAGAAAUUAAGUAAAGCGCGGCUUGGACAUGAUAGCGGCGCCGGUGCUCCCUGCAAUUCAUGCGGCCCCACAUGCCCCGGCUUGGAUCUGCAUUUUUGGCGCAAAGUGUGUAGAUCAUGCCACUGCAGCAAAGAUGUCCAUGAUGUCCAAGAUGAUGAUUUAUCUGGAUGGGCCCAGUUUGAGCUUCUGGGCACCGCAAGACCUAAAAAGGCUUCUAUGCCUCUCAUCAAAAUCCGUGGUGUUACUGACAAGCCCGUAGAACUCGACUGGGUACCACCCAAUGCUUCCACAGAGUUGGUGUCGGAGUACAUGUCAUGUCUGGGGUCGUUGGCGCCGGUGUCUGGCUCCGAGGCGGCGAAGCGACGCCGCGCUCAACUCCGCACGCAGCUGCCGCCGCACGACGUCGCCACUGCUGCAAGACACCAUGCCACCGACCAAGAGAAGAGCGAACACACUGAAUACAUCGCGCGCAUCAAAGAUCACGUAGUGGGCAUGGGUAAUGUCGUCCGAGUUGGACCUCUCCAGAACGGAGAUGUGUUUACUAUUGAAAACAGCAAGUCACAUUCCUCGAAAUCAUAUGCGUUACCGCUGAAGAUUUCGAACAUUUCCAGGGGCGUAAAGUACAAUAUAGUACCUAAAAAUGCAUCUGAUAAGAAAUUGGUGCUAGAUUCCCAGGGCAAUGUUGUAAGCAGUGCUGCGAACCUACCAGAUUACAAGUCUAGUCCCAUCCUCAGUCGACUGGUGAAAGACAAACUUUACGUCAUGCGUAUAGAAUCUGACAGAAUCAAGAGUGCAGUUGAACAUGGGCCAGUGUAUGAUAAACUGUUUAAAAACCUUAAUGAUUUGAAUGUACCAGUAGCUAAUGAUGUUUACCUUCAACCAAUUAAACUCUUCCGUGACGAGUACAACACUAAUCCACAGUUUAGAGAGGAGACUAAUGAGUUCUGUAAGGCUUUGGGAGCCCAAAUCAUGCCUGAUUUAUGGUCAACGACCAACAAUAAUGUCAUGGGUAAUGCAAAGGUUAUGGACAGCAGAAUUCAAAAGGGCACUAUAUUCGCACCUAACGGUGAAAUUUGGAGCUGGAAGCACGAGCCAACUACUCCAGAACAUAGUGGCACAAUUUGUUCUACCAAGAUUAAUCCUCAGUAUUCAACAAGUACGAAGCCAAUUAACCAAGUGGAGCCUCAGCAGACCGCGCCUUUGAGAGAAUAUCUGCGCAGUCAUUCCGAAGACGAUCUUCCGCCGCCACCAUUGCCGAACUACAGUACGUACCCUGGUGCAGUGCCUCCAAGUAACAAUGAUUGGAACAAUCAAUCCAAUGACGAUGUUCAGCCACCUGAUAACGCUGGUUAUCAAGUAGAACAUCAAGCAGUCACCUAUGACGAUCAAGUGUCCCCUCUAAUUGAUCAACUUACUGAUUUCUCGCUAAGUCCAGCAGAGAUGGAAUUCAACAGAAAACUUUAUAAUGAGGGUGUGCCUUGCCAACGCUGUAAGAAAUCGAUGUUUGCCGGCGAAGUUGCCGUGAAAGCCGAUAGGGCUGGACAAGAAGCCAUCUGGCAUCCUCAAUGUUUCACAUGCAGCAAGUGUGGAGAACUUUUGGCUGACUUGGUUUACUUCUAUCAUAAAGGUGAGAUCUACUGCGCGAGAGAUUUGGCUAACGUACUGGAAAUACCACGUUGCGCUGGUUGCGACGAGUUGAUAUUCACACGCCCUUAUACGGCCGCGGAAGGCAGGGCUUUUCAUGUGCAGCAUUUUUGCUGUUAUCAUUGCGAUGCGCCUCUCGGAGGCAAGAAAUACGUGCCUGAUGAUAAGACUGGUCUUCCCGUUUGCUUGUCUUGCUAUGAUCAGUUUUACGCGGAGAGAUGUCGGGCGUGCGGCGGUGUGAUUGGCCCGGAGCAGCAGGGUGUCUCAUGGGGCAAUAUGCAUUGGCAUGCUGAUUGCUUCAUUUGCUCCGGCCGAAUGUGUGGUAAAAGUUUGCUAAGCGGCCGCUUUGUCGUUAAACAAGAAAUGCCAUUUUGCAGCGUUCCAUGUGUUCAGAGUAGAAUCAAAUGAAGUAUGCAACUAUGAUUAUUGUCACAUAAUUUAUACAGUUUUUCUUCAGCUAUUGAAAUAUGAAUUUAUAUUUGAUAUUUUAUAUUUCUACUUUAAAUGGUAAGGCUUUAUAGUAUUUACAUAUUACAGUUUAUUAUGAAAAAUGAAUUAUGAUAUUAGUGUUGACGAUAUAAACUGAUUGACUAUGGGACCAUUUGAAUGAUAAAAUAUAUUUUAUAAGAAAGCUAUUUUUUAUAAGAAAAUAUUCUAUAGUUUAAGAAUUAUAGAGUAAAAAAUGUAUUGCAUAAAUAUGACAAUUCCUAUGAGCCAUUAUUUGAUUCAUAUAAUAAGUGAUAAGAUGCGCUUUAUACUAUUUAUAGGUGACAAGCAUUUAUAAUAGUUAUAAGAUUAUUUUUAGGACAUUUAUAAAAAAAAAUUAUCAAGAUAUGUGAUAUUGGGCAGUCUAUAAUUUGGAAACAAUGAUAUUAAUUUAUUAAUUAUUCCCAAAUGUUUCCUAGAGUUGGUCAUGAAAUUUAAGCUAAAUCUUCAACAUGCAUAAAAAGGAUGUAAUAUUGACUUAUAUUAUACAUGAGUAUUAUUGUCAUUAAUUAUAAAUAUAAAUAAAUGAGGAAUUUUAUUGAUAGGAAUUUUUACUUUGUCUACAUUCCUGGUAAGUGCCAUUAAAAGUAUUCUAAAAUUAUAUUUUUGUAUUUUAUACAUUAAAUAAAAUAUAUUGAAAAAAA